AUGCCGGUCAAGAACAUCACGACCGAAUUCGGUCAUUCUAUGCCCCCGGAGGGAAAGCACAACAUCACAGUUCACUUCCCUGGCUGGAAGGUCAUUACAGACUUUCGCGAUGGCGAUACGUCAAUACUACCAAAACUCGUGUCCAUGUACCCUCGCUUUGCCAUUGGCAAGAAGCUGGAGCUGCCGGACACAGUAGGCGUUCUCAUGUACACCUCUCCGGAUGCCUUCAGCGUGCACCAGGAAUACGCUGCCUCCUCGCACCGAAAGAAGGAAGAUAAGUUGGCUGAGGGCGACCUGGGCUUUAAAGUCGCUGAAAUCAAUGAUAUUCGUCUGUAUAUUGUGACAUACCCCACGGCGAAAGGCAAGGGAAUCAUCGGAGCGUGGCAAAAUCCUGGAAUAGGAACCUCAACACGAACGGCUGAAUAUCUACUCGGGCACAUUGACAGCUUCAAACAAGUUGAAUGGUCUGGAGAUUUGAAUGAGCUGCCGCCACCAACAUAUCUCCCAGAGAAUGAGUCCCACGGGAAGCUGCGGGAACGCAUAAGUAGCUUGAUGCACCGGGCGCCCAUCGAUCCAGACAGGGUCAAGGUCACGCCUGAUGAUGUCUAUCUCUAUGUCUCGGGCAUGGCAGCCAUAUAUCACCUGAAUAAGGCCCUUCUCAAGAGACAAAGUGGCACAAUCCUCGUCCUGGGAGCUAUAUUUCACAAUACAUGGCACCUUUUUGAAGAGACAUCUGGAGGCGUUAAGCAUUUCGGCGAUUGUAGUGCUACUAGUGGCGUCCUAGACAAGGUCGAGGAGUAUCUCGAGACGGAAAGAAAGAACGGCCGGAAAAUCAGCUACGCAUUUACAGAGUUUCCAAGCAAUCCUAUCUGUGUCAGUGUGGACUUGAAGCGCCUAAGGCAGCUGGCUGAUAAAUAUGACUUUCCAAUCGUUGCCGAUGACACCGUCGGCAGCUUCUGUAACCUAGACUUCAUGCCUGUCGCCGACAUGGUCAUGACCUCCUUGACUAAGUCUUUCAGCGGUUACGCCAACGUCAUGGGAGGCUCUGUGGUUCUGAACCCAGACUCGCCCCGUUACGGGGAGAUCAAACCACACUUCACCUCUGAUUACCGCAACGAAUACUUCGCCAAUGAUGCAGACGUCCUGUUGUCCAACAGCGCCGACUACAUCCCACGAUCAAUCAUCCUCAACCGCAACGCCGCGACGCUCGCCGCUCUUCUGCAGAAAGAGACAGACGACCCGACCUCGCCCGUAACGGGCUCACUAUACCCACCGCAUAACGACACCUUCGACAACUAUAAGGCGCUCAUGCGGCGCACCACGCCUGAGUUCACGCCGGGCUACGGAUGCCUGCUCAGCGUGGACUUCGAGGAUCUGGAGACAGCCAUUGCCUUCUACGACAACCUCGCAUUCUACUGCGGGCCGCAUCUGGGCGCCCACCUGAGCCUCGCCAAUGCGUUCAACACGGCGGUGUAUGGCAAGGUUAGGGAGGAGGCCAAGUACCAUGCUAGUUACGGUCUCCGGGAGGAACAAGUUCGGCUAGCCGUUGGAUUGGAAGAUGAAGAGGAGCUUGUCGACACUGUCAACUUUGCACUUCAGAAGGCGCGGGAGGCCAAGGAGGCUAAGAAAGCAUCUGGUGGCUCGAAGGCCGUCGAAAAUGAGAAUGCCGAGGUGGUAGCUACCACUGUGGAGGUCAGUGCCGACGCCGAAGGGUGA